UAUCAUCCUGUCAUCUUCGGUUACUACAUUUUUCUCAAGCUACUAAAUGAUUUUUGAACUUUUCUCGAGCAAGGUAGUGAAGAUUGCGCACCAAUAGCGAUGAAUAGUUUAUUGUACGAAAUUAUAUAUUAGUUUAUUAUAUUGUGCGGAAGAAAGUACUAUGAUUGCGGUACACCACCAUUCCAUUCAGGCACCUCGCAUCGCAGCAGGCGUUUCAGUCAACGGUAGAACAACAAUCAGCAGCAGCAGCAGCAGCAGUAGCAGUGGCAGAAAAGUAUGAGCGAAGGAAAAUGUUUCAGCGAAGAAAAGUGACAAUGGUUCCGCAGUGAAAUGUCAAAUCUCUUUUCGUUUUAAUUUCUGCGUGCAUGAAAAUUAAAUUGUUCUUCUGAUCGGAGCUGGGGGUCUGAAAAGAAUAUGGACGCUGUGUCCCAGUGAUCAUCGGGAGUAUUUUCGAUCGGGACCGGGAAUGGAAUCAUAGUAGACAGUGGUCAGUGCAAGAGUCAAGUGGACAUUUCUCUAGUGUUGGAAGGGGGAUCGAUGUAGGCAGUGGAUAUUUAUGGAAAUCGUCAGCAAAUAAACGAGUGCGUUUUGGACAGUGUGACCCAAAGGAAAGAGAAAAACAGAAAAGGAGAAGGUGUGUGCCACAACCAAGAAGGGAAGCAAAGUAGAGAGGAGACUGAGUUUUCUGGAAGUGAUUAUUAUUCGUAAAUCCUCCACAUUAACUAGAUUGGUUAUUGAAUCUGGUCAAACUUCGGAGAAACAUUCAGAAACUAAUCGCAGUUAAAAAUGCAGCGAAUUCCUGCUACGUAUUAGCCGAUCCCGGGGAGAGACGACGAAGAUUGUUGAACUUGAAAAAUACUAGAAAACUGUUCAGGCUAUUUGCAGUGCAAGUGGGUGUGGGUGGUGAAUGCAUUGAGCAACGAUGGUUCGUCAGCGUCCGGAAGGGGUGAAUGUGCUCGGCCACUUAGUGGGCCGACAGCUCGGCGACAAUGUUUACAAUUUCCGUAACAAUCUGUUCCACGACCGGUUGCGAAUUGCCCGGAAUCUGUACAAAAGAGAUCUGGUGUCGCAUUACGGCUGUGUCAAUGCGAUCGAAUUCAGCCAGGAGGGCGAACUGCUAGUGUCCGGUGGCGACGACCGCCGAGUGCUGUUGUGGCACGUGGACAAAGCCAUCCAGGAGAGGGAAUCACCGGUUUCGAUGCAGAAGCAGCACUUGAGCAACAUAUUCUGCCUGGGGCUGGACUCCAGCAACACGCGUAUUUUUUCCGGUGGAAAUGAUGACGUGGUGAUCGUUCACGAUGUUCAAACACGGGAAUCGGUGGACGUCUUUCUGCACAGCAAACCCGUGUACGGGCUCUCGAUUGACCCGUCGAACGACGCCAUUUUUGCGACGGCCGGUGAGGAUGGGAAGAUCUUGAUUUUCGAUAUGAGGGACAGCACGAACGUGAUGUGCGUAUCGCGCUGUCGGUCUCCGUAUCACGCCGUUAUGCACCAUCCGUAUGAUGUCGGAUUCAUUGUGACGGCCAACGCGAAGGAGGGCGCAGCGCUGUGGGAUCUGCGGGCACCCAAGAUGCCCACGAUUCGGUACGGUGGAGAGAAUGCUGCCCAAAGUUGUAUGAGCGUACGGUUCAACAGUUUGGGUACGCAAGUGCUGGCACUGAGAAGGCGUCUUCCCCCGAUACUGUUUUCGACUGCCUCACCGGAACCGAUCUGCCAGUUCUACCAUCCGGAUUAUUACAACUCGUGCACAAUGAAGAGCUGCUGCUUCGCCGGGGAGUCCGAUCAGUUCGUGCUUUCCGGGUCGGAUGAUUUCAAUUUGUACGUGUGGCGCGUAACGGAUGCCAAUGUGAACGAUACCGACCAGUGGGUCGAUCAGAAUCAGAUGGUAUUGUACGGGCACAGAUCGAUUGUGAAUCAAGUUCGAUACAAUCCGCAGAAGUGUGUGAUUGCUUCCUCUGGGGUGGAGAAGAUUGUGAAGCUAUGGUCACCUUUCGAGUUGGAAUCGUGGCGUGGAAGCCUAACCGAAGAGGCAGCCGGUCCGGAUAAUCCGAGGGAAGUGUUCACAAACGAAGAGUACAUAUCGCUAAAUAUGACCCACGAUUACAGCCAUCAAUCGACCACCGAGGAUCCCCGAAUGAUGGCAUUUUUCGAUUAUCUAGUUCAGCAGGAGAUCGAAGGCUGGAACAGUGAAACUUCGGAUCAAACCUCGGAGCAUAGCUCCGAAGAGAAUGAGUCGUCCCGUCCUGAUACGACCCAAACGUCGGACACGGAAUCGGUUCAGAAUUAUAUUCCUAUCCGCGGGCAGCAGCAAACUCGCCGUGGGGAUGUUGCCCAGCGGACAAAAUAUCGCAACCGGAUUGCGUAUCUAAUCGCUACCAAGCGGAAUCGUUUGAAACGGCUUGCACUGAAAACGGCAAACGCUCGCACCACUAAUCGACGCACGAUAACGAAAGCAAAGUACGGUUUGCGCAAUCAACCGAAACGCCCAGGGCUGGGUGCCCUCCGUACGACCCGGAAAGGCAUCAGUAAACGAAACCGCAGGCUAAGCACCAGCAAAUAUAGCAAGCGUCCGGUUUCGCACGAGCAAACGAGUGACUCGGAGGUGCCGAAAUCGACCAAGAAGCGACGAAUGCAGAACACAAAUCUCAACCUCGCGGUGUACCGCACAUUCCGACGAAAAUCGAAGGGUACGCCAUCGUCCACAUCGAACACCAGCACCCGGGUGGAAGAAUCCAGCUCGGAUGAUGACGAUGCGGACAACGACAGCGAACAGCAGCAUUCACCGGCGAAGAAGCUCAAGCUGGGCGGCGAGGGUUUCAGCAAUCUUCCUUCUACCUCCUCUGCGGCGAGUGGUGGCAGUGUGUACAAUAACGGGGCUGGUCCGAGUGGGUUGUGUAACCCGGGAAGACGUGCCACCACCGCAGGAACCAGUGGUAACAGCACGUACGUUAGUAUGGACACACCCAGUACGAGUACCGGAUUGACCGGGAACGGGAGAAAUUUGCUGUUCCAUAUUGCGUCAACCACCAACGACGACGACGACGACUCGGAUGACGAUCCAUCAAUACCGGAGCAUCCGGCUUCGCCGGACAACAUGCUUCGGGUGAUCACAUCUCCCAUCAACCACUUUGAAAUUCCAUCGAACUCGACUGCAGUCCUAGCGCUGGAUCAUAACGAUAACAACAUCCUAGACCACAGCAACAACAAUAGUAGUUACGUGAACCAUAAUAUCAACCACAAUAACAAUAACAACAGUAACAAUAGCAGUAGAAUCCAUAGUCACAGUAAUAACAACCACCUCACCAACGGAAACACUGACAAUGCAAUUCAGAACAACAAUAGUGGCAGCAAUAAUAACAACAACACAUCCAGCAUCCAGCCGAAGCGGAUUAGCAAAGGUGCUGCUCAUGCAGCGCAUGACAACAAUGAGUCGAGUUCGUCGUACACCCAGGCCUACGACCACACCUACUCGAGUCGGUCCAAUUCGCGACUGUCCAGCAGUUACGAUUACGAUUGUUCCUCCAGCAACGACAGCUUUGUCGAUUACUUUAACAACAAGAAGAAGCUGAUGGCGUCCGCCGCAAGCAGCAACGGUCAUGCGACAACGGUGGAGUCGGGGGCGGAUAUUGCCGAUGAUCAAUCUGCCGCCGGCGGCAGUUCAUCUUGGAAGCUGUCGGAUUACAACCGUGAACUGCUGAACUAUACUCCAGACAGUGGAAUCGCGACCGCACCGUGCAGCUCCGUAUCGACAAGUGGGAUACCUUCGUGUACGAAAUCUGCCCGCAAUAGGACUCCCGUUGGUGCUGCCUCUGCCGCCGCCACCACUGCCAUCGGUAGUGCGCCGGGAUCGAGCGGUGCUGGUGGUAGCAAUGGCAAUCCAUCCAACGGAGUGGAUCUCGCUGCCAAGCUAUUCCAACACAAGGUGGCUCGGGUGCGGAAAAACUAUCGCAAGCACUUUUGUGAUGAUUCGGACAGUGAGUAAACACCGGGCCAGGUUCAGAUUGGCCACAUCCCCGGAGAGGAAUAAAACGGUUUGCAGUGAUUCGUCCAAUCUACCUAGUAGUGGAUAUCGAAUAAACGCUGUGCUUGUUGAAAAAUCGUAAAAUUCACUGGAAUGUCCACCUAAUUAAGCGUAGAACGCAUCACAUGCGUGGAAGUGUUCAACAUUUAACCUGAACAUAGUAAUUUUGAUUUUAAUUUAGGUGUGCCGCGAGCAGCAACGUGGUUGCUCCCGGAAUAAGAUUUUUGGCGAGGAGAUAUGCGAACUUCGCAGUUGUGUUAGCGAUAAUCCUAUGCGUAGAGUAUAAGUGGUAGAUGUUAAGAACUGACGUAAAUUAAUCUAAAGGUUGGAGGAGAAACCUAAGACACAUAAAAAAGUUGUCCUCGUACGAUCAACACCGGAAACGUUCACUGUUGACAACUAUUAGAGGAAACCCCUCGGACUGAUUGGGGGAUGAAAAUUAUCUGUUCGUACACGACUGCUGCUAUCCGAACUGUCCACCUCUAUCAUAAAAUGAGAGAAAACAGAUUGGGGUAAAACGGUAGCGCUGGAAGGAAUGAACAAUUUGUGAUUUGCUAAUCGUAUAUUAUUAUUACUAGUGUUGUAUACUAACAGAACUACAAAUUGUAACCCUGAUGUAAUCAAAACUUUGUACGUGUGGUUUAUUAACAGUAAGGGAAGAUGCGCCAGAGUAGAACACACAUAGCCACAUUUGCUAACAAACAAACACACACACUCUCACCGAAGCGCAUACACAACUAAAAUAAACCUACUUUACGAUUCAUCACUUCUUUAUCUUAGAA